AUGUUGGAUUUGUUGUUGGCUCCUGCGGGCUUAGUCCUGCUUCGGGACUCGGUGGAGUGGGAAGGGCGCAGUCUCUUGAAGGCACUUAUCAGGAAAUCUGCCCUCUGUGGGGAACAAGUCCACAUCCUGGGAUGUGAAGUGAGCGAGGAGGAGUUUCGUGAAGGUUUUGACUCCAAUAUUAACAGCCGAGUGGUUUACCAUGAUCUCUUCAGAGACCCCUUCAAUUGGUCAAAGACUGGAGAGACCCUUCCUGGGGGAGCUUUGGGUGCAUUGAGCGACCUGUGCAGGAAGAAACAUCCUGGUCCUGUUACCAUUGUUCUUGAUUCACUGAGCUGGCUGCUGCUUCACCUCCCGUGCACCACACUCUGCCAGACCCUGCAUGCUAUACAUCGUCAGGACUCCUACUAUGGUGAGACCUCGCCAUCCUUCUACUGUCAUGGACAGGUGCAUGUGCUGGGCCUGCUGCAUGAAGAGCUUCAUGGCCCAGGCCCCGUGGGGGCACUAAGCAGCCUUGCGCAGACGGAGGUGACCCUGGGUGGCAUGAUGGGCCAGACCUCAGCCCACAUCAUUUUCCGGAGGCCCCAGCAACGCCCAACCCAUCAGACUCAGUGGUUCUCUAUCCUGCCUGACUACAGCUUGAAUCUCCAAAGUGUGCCCCCCUUAGGAUCCCAACCCCAGCCAGAACUUCCUGCUACCCAGGUGGAUCCUACAGCUCAUUUAACCUUCAACCUUCACCUAUCCAAGAAAGAAAAAGAAGCCAAAGAUAAGCUGACCCUGCCCUUCCAUUUCAGCGCUGAAAAACAGCAGGCUCUCUUGCACCCUGGACGAGGCCAGUCCACCAGUCAAAUCUUCUAUGAGCCAGACACUUUUGACUUGGACCAAGAAGACUCCGAUGAUGACUUAGAUAUUUGA